AUGAACUCUAGUUCCGCUAGCGAGGCUCCCGGUGGGAACGAAGGCGGCGGUUUGGACGGCCACGGCCCCCAGGGCAACAACAUCACAAUCCCACCAAUCGUCCAUGGCACCUUCAUUCGCUGGAAUCCUAUUGAAAGAGUGUUUGAGAAUACUCGAGAUCCCGGCGGCGAUUUCAUCGCCUAUUUCCACAUCGGCGAUAGCGUAGCCACCAUCGCAAGAGGUCAUCCCAGAGCCCUCAAAGAGCUACAGAGGCAAAUCACGGCCGCCGCCUUAUUCGCAAACGAUCCUACCCGUGAUUGGCACGUGAUAUUCCCUCUUACUCCCACUCGCUGGCUUACAGUCACGAGACCACCGAGAAUUGGUCUGUCCCCUGACCGUGUCGAACCCCCAGCCGACGACGAGACCGCCAAGACGUUCUGGAGGGAAUACAAAAGCAUGAGAGCGAUCGAAACGCACACCGACAUCGAGCAGGAGCUCGAAGCUUUGGGAAACGAGUUGGUUGAGGUUCUGAAUUACAGCCCGGGAGAUGAGGAAUGGGAUCGGAUUGGGCACAAACUUUCCAAAGAGAGAGCGAUGUGA